AUGAAUCCCUUUCAGCAGCAAAAGGCCGCUAAGGCCUGGCACCGCAUUGGUCUUGUAUCCUCAAUCCCGGAACUCGAGAAUCACGACGGCUAUCGGAUGGCCCCAAAAUGCAAGGCUUUCAUCAUUCCCAAGGAUGGAACCUCAGACCCUCAGGCUCCAGAAGAAGCGGAUCUGGACUUCUCGUUCAAUUUAGCGAAUCAGGUUCUUGUUUUUAAAUAUCAAGGGAAAGUCCAUGCCGUUGAUCAUCAAUGCCCGCAUGCAACCUUCCCUCUAUCCCAGGGUAAAUUGUUCGACAUUGAGGACUUCGGUGUCAAGCUCAGCACCGGGCUUACAUGUCCCAAGCAUGGCUGGUCUUUCGAUAUUUUCACCGGCAAGGGAGAUCGAGGCAAUUACAAUCUCAAACUCUGGGAGAUUGAUCUGCGAGAGCCUUCUUCAACGGUCGAGACUUCUGAUGAUGACAAGGAAGUCUGGGUGAGACCUAAACAGCGAAUUGGUUGA